UUGAAGUUGUUCUCUGUUGACCCAGCUGGACUGUGCAUAAGCCGCUGGUGUUUGGAGGAACUGGUGAAGAGAGAUCCCCGCAACUUCCUUAUCCUUCUACAAGAAAUACUGAGGAAAACAGAGGAGGUCCUGGAGCAGAGUCAGUAUGAGCUGGUGGUUCCCCUCACUCUCCUGUUCUUCUCAGCUCUUCUUAGAAUUCCUCACAUGUCUCCAGAGUGUAAUAUGCUGCAGGAGGCUUACCAGCUCUUCCACAGGUUCCUGUCCUGGCCUGAGCCCUGCAGCUCCGCCUGCAAACGGCUGCUCAGCAUCAUCCAGCAGGAGCUCCGAGCACCAGGUAUUUCUUUCCAGCGGCUGCUCAGGACAGAGCAGGACAUUCCCCACGACGGCACCCGCUCCAAAUCCAUAAUGGUGCUGCUGGUGAACCCGGAUGAAGACAUCCCUCCAGAGGUCCUGCUGGCUUCUGAGCAGCUGAGCAAAGCCGGCAGCUCCACCAGAGACGUGUCCAUCACUCUGAUCCUGCACAGCUUUCAGGCUGUUCUUGGUGUGAAAUAUGAUCUCCGAGCUGUCCAUACUGCUCUGGAGGAAAAGUCGACUGAAGAGCUGCAGCAGCUUUUGGAGGCCAUAACUGACAGAAUGGAGACAGCAGCCUCCGCAGGAGAUCACAGGACGGCCAGAGACGGUCUGAUCCAGAGCAUGGAGAGGAUCGGGGGAAGCCUGGCUGCUCCGGCUGACAGAACAGAGCGUGAUUUGGAGACUUUCGGGCUGACCUCGCCCAGAUGUCACAUGUGUUUGUGGGAGGACGACAGCUUUGAUUUUCUGAGGGGCAUUCUCUCCAGUGAUUACUACCCCGACUCUCCAGUGGAGAGCUUCCUCAAAGCCUCAGCAGCAGAUGAGGAAGACCACAUCGACACCAGCAUGGACGAGGAAGACGAGCUGGACUCAAACAGGGUGGAGGUCCAAAGCCAUCGCAUCUCCUCAGCGUCCUCAUCCUCCAGAGACUCCACGUUUUCCAGCCACUCUCUGUCGUCCAGCUGGUCGGUGCCGUCCGGCUCAUCCGGGGUGGAAAGUGACUUUAGUGAGGACCCAACACCGGAGGAGUCGGACCAAGGCAGCCAACCAGAACCUAGAAAGAAACCCAAGAAGAAGUCCAAGUCGCUUUUGGGAAUAGAACGCUUUGCCCUGCUGUUCAAGACUCCGCUCAGCCCCAGCACGACCCGGCGCGUGCAGAGCAUGGGCUUCUAUGACAUCAGCAAAGACUCUCAAAGGAGUGGGCUGCAGCUCAAAACCCACAAGUCCCUCAUGCGACAAACUCGUCCUACGCAUUCGCCCACACCCCCCACAGAACCGCUCAGCCCCCAGAGGAACCUCUGCGUCCGCAGAAGGCCCAUCCUGAGCUGCAGCGAGGACAGUCUGCCCGAAGUGCCCACCCUGGUCAAGGUGGUGGUGUUCGGUGGAGACCGAGAGGCGGGCCGGCUGGCCAGAGCCUACUGUGACUUACAGCAGAAAGAGAGCAAAUGUCCUCUGCUCACCAAGAUGUGCAAACUGCAGUUUUACUUUGUUCCUACCAAACGCAGAACUGACAGCAAACCAACCGGUUCUGUGGAGUCAGAUGUUCCUGCAGGGGAGGAAAGCUCAUCAGACAUUUCUCAGAUGUUGGGCGUGGUGGACCCCUGGUACGACCGCAACGUCUUCAGCCUGCUCAGCCUGUCGUCUGAAGUGCUCUGUCAGGUUGCUCCUAAAGAGGACGGUGUGUCCAGAAACAACCUGGAGCAUCUUGCCCUGCUGGCUGACCUGGUGCUCUAUUACUGCAGACAUGCAGAGGAGCCGGUCCUGAUGCAGCUCUUCCAGGCUGAGCUGACGCUGGCAGGAGGAGAGAGGAGACGGGAAGUUUUCAUUCAUUCUCUGGAGCUGGGACACACAGCCGGGACCCGAGCUGUGAAAUCCAUGGGAGCUGCCAGCAAAAGGUUUGGGAUCGAGGAGGAGCGGGAGGCUGUGCCUUUGGCACUCAGCGUCGCCUACAACAAAGUGGCUGUGAGUGGGAGGAGCCAAAGGAUCCACUCAGAAAUGGUGUGCACGUCCAUCAAUCUUUAUAAAACCUGCCAGGAGGCGGACCUACUUGAUUUAAAAGAUGGUCUGUACAUCACCGUGACGGAGGUUCUGAGGAGGCAAUGCUCCAAGUCUAGGAAGAGCCUCAACCAGCUCAUCUUAAGUUCAAAGGCAAAAGUGGACAACGUGCAGGUCAUCGCCGGAAAUGACGGAACCACCUUCACUGUUUGUUUGGAUCAGGACGAAAAGAAGUUUAUCCAAGGGGUCACCAGGUAGCAAAAAGAUAUGACUUGGAUCCUAACGUUUUUAUUAUU